GACAUCAAAGCACCAUCUCGGCGGACAUCGCAGGGGUCAAGGCGAUGCUUACGAGUGAGGUACAGGCCAUCAACGGGAAAAUAGCCGAGUCCACGCAGCAGCAGGUGAUUCUCAACCAGAAGACCGAUACGCACACAGCACAAGAAACGACCUUGCAGGGCCAGUACGCGGCCAUGUCUCGUCCGACGUCGGAGGCCAGAACGGCAGUCGGCAUGGCGGGAGCUAAGCGGCCAAGGACUUCUGGAGACAGCAGCAACGGCGUAGCGGAGACCGACGUUUGCGUGCGCUGGGUGGGCACGUGGCUUCGCCCUGUACUCGCAGUGCGUGACGAGUUCCACAAGCAAUUGCUCACACGUUGCCCAAUCGUACAAGCCAAGACCUUCACCAAGAAGGCGAGCGAGGCCAAGUUGUCGUGGACCGACCCGCGCAACAACAAGGAGGCCUUCAUCCGAGGCGGCCUUCCGCUCGACGUCCGCGCCAAGCAGAGGACUUGCGGCAACAUCUACACCGAGGUGCGCACCGCCAUCUCCAAGUCAAGCAAGUGGGACGGCUACGUUCGCUUGGGGGCGAAUGGCCUCAAAGGGAUGGUGCUCGUAUCGACUCCAGACGAUGUGUGGUGGAUCAUAGCAGUCAAAGCCGAGGGCCUCGACAAGUUCAGGUUUGAGCCAGGCGACGACGCCAUCAGAGAAAGGGGCAUCGAGCCGAAGGAAGUCCACGACAUCAUCACGGCAGUGACGGAGAUGGGCGUGGACAUCUGA